UUCGCCCCCACCCAACGGCUGCUGCUUCGGGCUUCGCGGCUCAAAAACAACAGCAGAGGCGCCGCCAGCUCCGCGCUCCGCCACUGCCCAGGCCGGCGGGCGGCCCUGGGACCCGCCGCCCGCGGUCCUGCGCGGAGCUGCGGAGGCCAACAUGCCCCGCGCGGGGGCACAGCGUGGGGGCGGCGGUCCGAACACCGGGCGUCCUCGGCGGAUCGUCCCAGCCCGCGCGCUCCUGCCGCGGCAGCCCCGUCGGGCUCCGCCGCGCCCCCAGUCGGCACCGCUUGCCUGCUCGGAUUCGAACCCGGAUGCGGCUCCCACGGGUCCAGGGUGCCCAGUCCUGCAGCCAGCUCGCCGCCGGAGCCCCUGCCGGAGGAAGCGCUCCUUAGCCUCCGCAGGGGCUGUUUCUGGCAAAAGGGGCUGGACCACAGAACAGCUGUGUUUAGCGCCCGACCCAGCUCUGGAGGUCUUGCUCUACCUCUCAGGCUGGGGCACCACUGUAGCCCUGGAUGGCCAAGGGGGGCCCUGAACCUGCUCACCGGAGUGGCGGGGAGGUGCUCGAGCCCAGGAACACAAGCACUGUCCUGCCUAAACCCCGCCAGAGGCAGGUUUCCGACCGUGGGCCCAGCCUGGCUGGAGCUGCUGGCUACAAAGGACUCAAGGUCACUCCCGUACUCGGCACCCCAGGUCCCUGCCUGCUCCUGCCUGAAGCCUCCAAGGGCUCCGGAGGAGGCCUGGGGUAGUUACCAUGGUGCCCGCGAAGCACUCCCAUCUGCAGAGAGGGUCUCUACCCCACCCUCACCCUGCAGCCCAGCAAAGGCCUCCUUUUCCCUUGCCCUGGAGGUUGCCAACGGAUGCCAAGGUUGCGUAUCCCUGGUGCUCUUGGGGUGCACCAACUCUCUCGGUCCCUCUCCCUGCCCCUUCCUCCAGCUCAGGAGGUGAUUCUCAGAACCCUGACCAGGCUAGGGCAGGACAGCCAUCCCUGGCACUGUUGCCAGGGCCUAGGGAAGAAGGGCAGGAGGUAUGGGAGCAAGCUGGUCUGUGCCGUCUGGUCCCUGCCCUUUGCCAGGCUGUGGGGUAGGGAUGGGGUCACUGCUUCUCUGGUUCUGCCAGGGGAGGGGUAGCUGCUGGUCAAGGCUGGCCAGGGAGAUGGCCGAGCUGCCCACCCGCACGUUGCCCAAGCAGCCCUGGCUCCAGCGUCUCCCAGUCUGCUGGAGGAGCCCAGGCAGGCUGUUCCCAAGGCCAUGGCCCUGGCUGAGGUUUCGUCCUGGCCUGACCAGGCCCUGCCCCCGCGUGGCCACACUUAGAAGCGGAGAGCAGGUCAGGCGUCGUUGAGGAGUCCCGUGGGGAGAAAAGGUGAAGCGGGGAAGGGCAGAUGCAGGUCCUCCCUGGGACGCAGUUCCCUGUCCCUGCCUGGCAAGGGCUUUGGGGGGCUUGGGGAACAAGUAGGGCAAGUGGAGGCCCAGCGGGAAAAAGGUUGAUAGUAACAGGUUUGAGGGCAGCUUUCAAACCAAGUCUCGCUCUGCAGAGCUUUGGGGCUGAUGCCAGGUCCUAGGACCCCUGUGCUGGGACUGUAAGUGCUGUGAGCUCAUUCCCAGUGACCUCCUUGUCUUGGCCACAGACAGUGAAUGUGGGUUGGCCCCAUAGAGGCUGCUACACUAGACAGCUGCAUGCUGCUGUCAAGUUCCAAAACCAACUUCAUAGCCGGGGUCUAGGAGGCCGGAGAGGGCCUUUUACCUCUGCCUUCUGCUGGGGGCUGGGCAGGGAGGGAGCCCAUGGAAACUCGUUUACCCAUGAGCCCUGCAGACUCCCAGUGCUCCCAGUGCCCAUAGACCCAUGAGCAGGUGAAUUCCUUAGGGAAAAGGCCAGGCUUGAAAGCCAGAAAUGCUGGUCCUGCAAUGCUGGAGGAAGUAUCUUACUAGACAUCGCAUAGGAGGGCCCCAAGCCCCAGGGGAUCCCCAGAAACCCAUUGAGUAGCAAAACUACCAAGAGGGCCCACCAUGCACUCCCAGAGUCUACAAAUGCAUUCAGGGCUAGAGGGCUCCUUGGCUUGGCCAGACUUUGUGCCCCGUGUGAACUGGCAGGGUCAGAGCUGCCCCAGCCGCCCCUCCUAGCCCUUCAGGCCCCAGGGAGCCCUGCUUUGGGCUGUAUGUGCAGGACAGGAGUGGGCAUGGCGCCUAGCAAGGUGAACUGACCUCAUCUGUUCUCACCCCUUUCCCUCCCGGUCUUCUGUGCAUUUUGAACUUGGCUGUGGUCUUUCAGACACUUGGUCUCAGGCUCUAUUGAAUUCCAGGGCAAGUUUUACUCACUCCCCACCCCCACCUUGUUCCUUUAGGAAAAACUCCGGUAGCAAAGAAGCACAUAUCCUCUAGUUUGCCAUCUGGGUUUCCUGGGAGAUUGGAAAUGCCCCAGGAAGGAUCCAGACGGCCAGCACUCACCCCACCCCCAUACCUGGGCCACUGAGUCAGGCCAGGAUGAGGCUAUGGCUCUCUCGGCAUGUUCUCCUGCCCCAUACUUGGUGGGAAUGUCUCCCAGACUUGAGCAGCAGGAGGCAGGAGACCACAGAGGCCCUUGGGGAAGGCUGCCUUUGAUCCCACAAACAGAGGGGACAUGGAGGAGGGCUGCUGGACCCCACACCUAGCAGGGGACUCGAUGGGGGCUGAGUGCUGGAAGGAGCCUGUGCUUGGUCUAGAAUGGUGGGUGUGUGGGGGAGAACAGGCCAUCGGAAAGGCCAUUUCUUCCCUAUUCAGGCCUCUGGAAUGACCCGAAGCGGGCGCUUUCUCCAGUGUCAUGCCUUAGCCGCACACCAGGACCACAGGAAUCCCCCCAGACCCUGGGGUCAAUAUUUCAGGGCUCCUUUUCACCUUCCUCCCACCCAGGCCUGGGAAAGCUUCCUGUGCACCAGAGUUCUUGGAGAGGACAGGGCACAGUUCCCAGUCCUGGCCCAGUGGCGGCAGGGCUGGGUUCCCUGUGCUGCUCAGAGGUGGGGGCCUCCCAAAGCCGAUACCUGAUUCCUGUUCCCAGAGUGGGGAACUGGGAGGAGUGGACUUCUCAGGACUGCGAACCCUGUCCCUGAUUUCCAACAAACCCCAGAUGUGUGGAAACGACGUCUUCUGAGUGCAGGGGGAGCCUUGUCCCUUGCAGAUGGGCUGCUUCCGCGGACCGCCGGGCGGUUGCAGGCACCAUGCCGUGGCCGCCUUAGUGGAGUCCCUUUGCCCACUUCCUGUCCCGGCAUCCCCGCUAGGUGCCUGGCUCUUCUGUGCAGAUGUCCCGGUGUCUGGAGCCCUGGAGUUUUUUGGUUUGUUUUGUUAAAGAGGUGGAGAUGGUGAACCUGAACUCCCUGGGUCUCUGCACGUUGGGGCAGGAGGGAGCCUGAUGCCGGCUUAACCCGGCUCACUGAG